CCAUCUGAGUAUACAAAAACAAGACAUUAGAGUAAAAAUUUAGAAAUGGUGGAACACAAGAAAACUUUAAGACUUAUGAGCCGUCUCACUUCCAUUUCCAAAUUAAUAGCUGGCAAAUGCAUCUUCUACUCCUAGAGUAAGGUCUACAUAAAAAACAGAAUUUCACCUUCAACAGGAAACAACUGAAAAGUAAAUAUUGGAAUUUGAAACUACCUACGAUUCUAGGUUAACAGAAAAUAGCACAAGAAUGGCAAAUAUAUUUUUUAAAAUUAAAAAAAAUGGCGAGAAAAGCAGAACAGAAGGAUCGGGAAUUCUCCUACAGCACAUAAGAACGGGAGAAAAGAAAUAGGUAUUACAGAUAAGUGAAUGAAAACAUACAAAUAAGAGAUGCAUCCCUGCCACAAUGUAAAAUCCAUCAACACAAUACAAAAAGCUAAUUCUUAUAAAAGUAUUUCCACUUCCACAAAAAAAAAAGAAGGCAGAUUUAAUUUACUGUAGAACUAAAGAAAAGUUUCAUGAUACCCGGUGGUUCUUGCAUAUAAAAAAAACCGCCAUCUAGGGUUUUAAAUUAAACCCUGUAAGUUAAUCCAAAAACUAACUUCCCAAUCGAAAGAAAACCUUCAAUGGAGGAGGAUACAACAAUUCACUCAAACCCAACGAAGAAGAAAAGGAAAACCAACCAAAACGCCGAAAACAAGUUCCAAUUCGAGCUCAAUUCCUGCUCCAAAGCCAAAGAUCUACGCGGCGCGAUUUCCCUCUAUGACGGUGCCGUUUCCAAAAACACUCGAUUCACCCACCACCACUUCAAUGCCCUACUCUACCUCUGUUCCAAUUCCGUCACUGACCCCUCCCUCAAAUCCUUCGCUCUCGAUUACGGCUUCCGCGUCUUCCACCACAUGUCCACCCUCGGCAUCGUUCCUAACGAGGCUUCCAUCACCGCCGUUGCAAGGCUCGCGGCGGCGAAAGGUGAUGCCGAUCACGCUUUCGAAUUAGUGAAGAGCAUGGAUAAGUACAAUGCUUUACCUAGAUUGCGGACUUACGAUCCCGCGUUGUUCUGCUUCUGUGAGCUCCUUGAUGCUAAUAAGGCUUAUGAAGUUGAGAAGCACAUGAACGGUGCUGGAUUGAGUCUGGAGGAAGCGGAACUCGCUGCGCUUUUGAAGGUGAGCGCGGUGACUGGUAGGGCUGGGAAGGUGUACGAGUAUUUGCAGAAGCUCAGGAGCUCUGUGAGGGGUGUUAGUGAAUCCACUGGGAUGAUUAUUGAAGAGUGGUUUCGUAGCACCAAGGCCUCUGAGGUUGGUGAGAUGAAUUUGGAAUCAGAACGAAUUAAAGAGGAGAUUGCGCGCAAUGGAGGAGGGUGGCAUGGUCAAGGAUGGGUUGGAAAAGGUAAAUGGAAUGUGUGCUGGACGAGCGUUCAGGAUGAUGGACGUUGUUGUUGUUGUUGCAAGCAAUUGGCUUGUGUUGAUAUCGAUGAUGAGGAGACGGAGAAGUUUGCGAGGUCUGUUGCUGGCUUGGCUUUGGAACGAGAGGUGAAGGCUAAUUUUAACGAAUUUCAGGCCUGGAUUGAAAAACAUGGCUCUUAUGAAGCUAUAGUGGAUGGAGCAAAUAUUGGGUUCUACCAACAAAAUUUUGCUGAUGGUGGAUUUAGCAUUUCUCAGGUGGAUGAUGUUGUGAAAGAACUCUACAAUCGGAGUGGGAAGAAAUGGCCACUUGUUAUCCUGCACAACAAGCGUCUAAGAGGGCUGAUGGAAAAUCCUUCCAGCAGAAGACUGGUGGAGGAGUGGACGAAUAAUGGUGUGCUCUAUACAACUCCGACUGGAUCCAAUGAUGAUUGGUAUUGGCUGUUUGCUGCAGUAAAACUUAGGUGCUUGCUUGUGACAAAUGAUGAAAUGCGAGAUCACAUUUUUGAACUCAUAGGAAGUAACUUUUUUAAAAAGUGGAAAGAAAGACAUCAGGUUCACUACACUUUCAUUAAAGGAAACCUAAAACUUCAGAUGCCACCAUCACAUUCAUUUGUUAUCCAGGAAUCAGAAAGAGGUUCUUGGCAUGUGCCUUUAACACCAGAAACUGGCGAUGAGUCCUUGGCGUGUUGGCUCUGCAUUAGCCGGCCAAGUGCUCAGGAUGCUGUUCCUACUCUUUCUAAUGGUGUGGAUACUUCUGACAGUAGUCAUCUCUUCCAUCAUAAUGACUCAAUAGAUCCCCACGAGCCACAGAAUGGUGUUUGUAACUUGGAUUCCCAGGUCGAUGAGAAUAACACAUCUUCCUUCACUAGCAAAAGAAAAGAGAGGUCUCCUCCUUCAUGAUAAAUCUCACGGUUAUUGGGCUUCUACACUUUCAAUGAUUUUAAAGUUAAAGCCUAUUUUAACCCCCCUCCCAAUAGAGCCAGAAAGAUAGUGGAUUAUAUCACUGUUUAAUCUCGUUGUAAUCAUGUAAGAGGUGUUUUGAUGUGAGGAUGUGCUGUCGUUAGUGGCUGAUACUAUAACAUCAAAAAAUUAUUUAUUUUCUUUUCCACCCAAGGGAUUCUUAUAUUUCAAGAAGAUUAUUUCAAAGAAUAGCAAAAUCAUGAAUAAAGAGCUAUGUCACCUGUAUAAUUUUUUGGAUCAAUGAUUGGAUCAUACAAACCCCGUAUUAGAUAAAGGAAGUGCUUGUUCAAUCCAUUUCCCUAUGCGAUUGUGAGUACUGACCCAUA